CUUCCGUGAUGCGACUCACGGAGGGUUAAGUAACCAGUAUUUAUAUAGACAAAAACAAUUUUCUUUUUUUUUCCUGAAUUCAUGCUUCUAAUUUCUAACAAUUUUAUAUAAAUGAGUAAGAAAAAAUUACAGUACCCAUGUGGUAAAUGUUCUAAAAAUAUAACCAAAGGCUGUCAUGCUAUACUUUGUACAGGAACAUGUUCUAAUUGGUUCCACAGAAAAUGUACUUCUCUAACUAUUGAGGAAUAUAAAAGUAUAGCACAGUUACUAAGAAAAUGGCUCUGUGAAAAAUGUACAUCUGUUGAUUUCCAUUUGGAACAUGAAAAAGAAACUAUAGGUAUCAAUCAAGAUGUAACUCAAGAACUAAUAAAUCAACAUAAAAUUAUAAAUUCACUUAAUGAUGACAUUAACCAAGCAAGAAAAGAAAUUAUUAGUCUUAAGAAUCAUAAUAUACAACUAGAAACUUUAGUAAUAAAAAAAGAAGAAACAAUUAUACAGCUGGAAGAAGAAGUAAAUAGACUACGUACUAAAUUGAACCAAAAAGAAAAUUUUAAUAUCUCUACAAUGAAGAAAGUAAAUUCGGAUGUACAUCAUAGUCUGUCUCCGUUGAAUUCCACACCUUUCCAUGAUAACACUGGACUGAAAAAAAGUUUAUGGAGCUCUGAAAAAACAAAGCUGGAGAGUUUUUCAGUGGUUGUAAAAAGUAAAAAAAAUAUACCUAACCCUAUACCCAAGACAUGUAAUGGAAACCAAAAUCCCAUUGAAUUAAGGAACCAGUUUGAGGUUUUACAAGUUGAUGAAGAUGAGACUUCAAAUGUUAGUGAUCUCAGUACUGAUGGAAGCCACAGUGAGACACACAUGAAUAAGGUGCUCAUUUGUGCUGAUAGUCAUGGACGAGAUUUAGCCUGGCACCUUAAUAAAAUACAUAAAGAUCAUGAAGCAGUAGGUUUUGUGAGGCCUGGGGGGCGUACAAGACAAAUUUUAAAUUAUAAAAAUAUAGAAAAUGUAAAUUUAAAUAAAAAUAAUUACUUGGUGAUGGUAUGCGGCACAAAUGAUAUGGCAAAAAAUGAAGCAAAUGAAGCUUUGACUUUAAUAACUGAAACCUUGGACAGAGCUACAAAUACAAAUAUCAUUUUAGUAGACCUCCCACACCGUUAUGACCUGGCUAGUUGGUCCUGUGUCAACAAAGAAGUUGAAAAGACAAAUAAGCGCCUCGAAGAGCUCAGUGGCAGGUACUCCAACGUCACACUAGUGAAAUCUAGUAAAGCAGAGAGAGCUUUACACACUCGUCAAGGUCUCCACUUAAAUUUUUGGGGAAAGAAGUGGUUAGCUGAAGUAAUAGCAAAAGCCAUUACUGCCAAGAAGGAUCCUGACCACAGUCUGGGCCUACGAGAUGUGCAACCUCCUCCUCCAGGUACUUAUGAUGUGUCAGGGAACUGCCUACCAAUUGGAAAAAACUACAGUGCACAAGUAGAAGCUCACCAGAAUCUAAGAACUCGCCUCAUUGUUUAUCACUUAAAUAUUCAAUGUAUAAGAAAUAAAUUAGAAGAAUUAAAUCUAUGGUCAAAUAAAUUAAAUAUACAUGUAUUAACUAUAAAUGAACACUGGCUUUGUCCAGAAGAGUCUUUGUUAUAUGUGCCAGCAGGUUUUUGUGUAGGUAGUGUUUAUUGCCGAAAGCCUCCCCUUAGAAGAGGGGGUUGUAGUAUAUAUGUUAAAAGAGAUAUAAUGUAAAAACUAUUGAAUUGGAACAUUUAUGUGUAGAUUUCGUUUUUGAGGUUUCAGGUAUAUUUUUAGUUAGUUUGAAUGCUAUCAUUAUAACAAUUUAUCGAACACCAAAUUCUCUCUUAAUGAUUUCAUAAGUUUUUUUGAUGAGCUACUUGGUUAUAUAAAUAAAAAAUAUUCUAAAGUGAAGUUGAUCAUAUCAGGUGAUUUUAAUAUCAAUAUAAAAAAAAGUAAUGUCGAGGUAGAUUCUUUUUUCAAUUUACUGCGUUCCCAUAACAUGCAUUGCUUAAAUCUAGAAAACACCAGGG